AUGGCAACGAUGGAAACGACCACACAAAAAGAUACCAAUAUUUUGAAAUCUGGUCUCAAAAAAACUAUAGGUGUUCUCAAUGAGGCAGUAUUACAGAACGGGAGAGAGGUGGAGGCAGUGCAGGCAGGAAAUAGUGACACAAUGGAAGAUACAGAAACAACCACAAUAGGUUAUAUAUCAAUCAAAGAUUAUGCGUACGCAGAUUCGAAUCCUCUCCAUUAUGGUUAUUUUGAUGGAGACAAUGAGGAGGAUGAAAUGGUUUCAGAUUCUUCAAAUGGAGAAGACACAUACAAUAAAAGACAAAGUAUAACACUACCAGACGACUACAUAGUUAACCAACGUGCUGUUGCCCUCUACGAUUUCGAACCCGAAAAUGAUAAUGAAUUGAGAUUGGCUGAGGGUGACAUCGUAUUUAUCAGUUACAAGCAUGGGCAAGGUUGGCUAGUAGCAGAAAAUGAGUCAGGAUCAAAAACAGGGUUGGUACCGGAGGAGUUUGUCUCUUAUAUACAGCCGGAAGAUGGUGAGAACGAGGUGGAGAAUAAGGCUCGACCUUUCUAUUUGACACAUUUGAUUACACAGAGCGUUAGUCCUAAAAACAAUAUUGAUAACACUAACGAAGAUGAAUACGACGACAACGAUGAAUGGGAAGAUAUUGAUGAUGUUGCGGAGGUCGAAGCAGAUAUGAAAACAAAAUUAGAUAUAUCGGAUUGA